AUGACCUCUAUAACUUAAAAGAUUAUAUCCAAGUUAGAUCCAAGACAAUACUAUCUAAGUGGCUGUAUUGAUAUAAUUGUUGUGGAAUAACAUAAUGGAUCGUUGAAAUCGACCCCAUUUCAUGUGCGAUUUGGCAAAUAUGAUGGUUAAGACUACUAAGUGGAUAUUAUUGUGAAUGACAAAUUGACUGAUGUGAAAAUGAGAUUGGGGAAGGAAGGCUCAGCGUAUUUCGAAAAGAGUUCCUAUUCUUCUGGCUACCAAUCUGAUGACACAUUUUCCGAGAAGAUCUCGUAUAAUUUUUACAUUACACAACAUAGAUUGUUUGAUGAAGCAUCGGAGUUUAGAUAAUCACACUAUUACAAAAAGCCUGAUGAUUUGUUCAAUAGUGACAAGAAGAAUAGCAAUUGGCUUCAAACUCUAAAAUUUUGGGGCAAAGGGACCAAUUCCAAAAAAGAUGAGGGAAUCAAAAUUGAAACACCAAAUAACCUCAAAGAAUUUUAAUAAGUCGAUACGUCAUCCUUAAGACUAUCGUAAUUAUAAUUGCAAAAAUAAUUCCAGUCCCAACAAUCAGACAAACACAUCUAAACAAACGAUUACGAGAAAGACAAUAUUACUUGUAGUGAUAGGGAGACCCUCUCUCCACGCCAAUCAGUAAUAGAACUCUCUCUCUGUGGUCAAUAUUAAAUCUCAUAAUAAAAUCUAACAUAAACUCAGAGAUUCCAAUUGUUCGAACAACACAAAAUUUCCUUUUCAGCAUUCGAAAAAGACUCACUUAAAAUCAUAAAUCACAAAGAUCUUGUCUUUAAGAUUGGAGAUAAGUUCUUCAGCAGAGAAGCAGGAUUAAUUUAAUUGUUGGCCAAACAAGUCUUCGCUCAAGAUAUGGUUAUUGAUAGUUUGGAUCAAUAGAAGAAGCAGAACACUUAACAAUAGUAAUAAUGGUAUAGUGUUCUCUUUGGUAAGAAGAAAGGAUCGGAUUAAAUUGAAUAGAACAAUAAUACUCAGAGAAUAAAUAAUAAUGAAUAGACUCAAAAACAGCACCAAUAAUUUAAAUCUUAAGAUAGACUCAGAAAACUCAGUGAGAAUUCUAUUGAUACAUAUAGUACAAUGUCCAUAUAGAAAAGGAGAAAGUCAUAAAGACCAAUACUAAAACCUAAUUCAUCAAUUUUAAAAUAACUAGGAUUGAAAAAGGGAAAUAACAAAAUUACAUACAGAAUAUGCAUACCCAAAAAAAGUGAUAUUGUGGAAUUGCAUGGGACUAUCUACUUUUAUGACUAAAAAACUAAAUUGGUGAUAUCGGACAUUGAUGGUACCAUCACAAAGUCAGACAUUUUGGGUUAAUUAAUGCCAAAAUUAGGAACCGAUUGGAAUCAUGAUGGAGUAGCCAAUCUCUAUUAGAAUAUAUAAUCUAUGGGAUAUAAAAUAAUUUAUUUGACUGCCAGAGCGAUAGGAUAAGCAGAUCAAACUAAAGAUUUUAUUUAAAAUCUACAAUAAAAUAAUACUAAAUUGCCAAAGGGACCUAUAAUUUUGAGUCCUGACUCUUUGUUCCCUGCAUUUAAGAGAGAAGUCAUCGACAGAACUCCUGAAUUAUUCAAGAUCACGGCAUUAAAAGAAAUUAGGAACUUGUUCAUUGGAGAGAGUCCAUUCUAUUGUGGAUUUGGAAAUAGAUUAACAGAUUCUACUGCUUAUUAGGCAGUCAAUGUGGAUAUUAGUCGAAUCUUCAUAAUAGACCCAGAUAGCAAUAUCCAAAAAUAUAAUACUGAUGAAAUCACUACUUAUGUGGAAAUGAAUAAGGAUAUCCAUCUUUAUUUCCCUCCUGUUGAUGAAGUAGAAUACUAAUGUUAAAACUUCUGGAAGAUUCCAAUAUGUGACAAUGUUGAAAUAAAUUAUUAAUGA